CCAUCCACCUGGGACCCUUAAAUGCAAGCAACGCCAUAGCAACAAGGUGGCUUCAGAGGUUCACCAGUGUGGUCGUCAACCAAGAGUCCUGCGCCUGCACCAAAUACACACAUACCCCCGCGCUGCUCCUUGACCAGAGCCUGAAGUCAUGUCGUCUUCCCCGAACAAUGCGGCAGUCCCUGCCGCGGCUGCUCCAGCUCCGCCCCCUGUCCCGGUUCAGUUCGUCCGCCUUCGCGAAACUGUCUCCCAGCCUGUCGUUGCAGCCUUCUGCGCCGGAGGUGUUGCCGGUGCCGUCUCCCGAACCGUUGUUUCGCCUCUUGAGCGACUCAAGAUCUUGUUCCAAAUCCAGAGCGUUGGAAGAGAUGCCUACAAGCUGUCCGUUGGCCAGGGUCUAGCAAAGAUGUGGAGGGAGGAAGGCUGGAGAGGUUUCAUGAGAGGCAACGGAACCAAUUGCGUCCGCAUUGUGCCCUACUCUGCUGUUCAGUUCGGCAGCUACAACUUCUACAAAAGGAGCAUCUUUGAGUCGACCCCUAAUGCAGACCUCUCUCCAAUCGCCCGUCUAACCUGUGGCGGUAUGGCUGGUAUCACGUCCGUCUUCUUCACAUACCCGCUUGACAUUGUUCGCACCCGACUGUCCAUUCAGUCUGCGUCCUUUGCCGAGCUGGGCCCGAGAUCCGAGAAGCUCCCCGGCAUGUGGGCUACUAUGGUCAAGAUGUACAAGACUGAGGGCGGUGUUUCUGCACUGUACAGAGGCAUUGUUCCUACCGUCGCUGGUGUCGCUCCCUACGUCGGCCUCAACUUUAUGGUCUACGAAUGGGUUCGCAAGUACUUGACCCCUGAGGGCGACAAAAACCCCAGCGCUGUCCGGAAACUGCUGGCUGGUGCCAUCUCUGGUGCCGUUGCCCAGACCUGCACCUACCCCUUCGAUGUCCUGCGCCGAAGAUUCCAGAUCAACACCAUGACGGGUAUGGGCUACCAGUACAAGUCCAUCACUGAUGCCGUCAAGGUCAUUGUUGCCCAGGAGGGCUUCAAGGGCAUGUACAAGGGCAUCGUGCCCAACCUGCUCAAGGUCGCACCCAGCAUGGCCUCGAGCUGGCUCAGUUUCGAGUUAUGUCGUGACUUCUUGGUCACUCUCAAGCCCGAGGCCGACUCUGAGACGCCCAUGUGAUGUGGAGGGCGUCGCAGAACUUACUUUACAGGAUUCCUCUCGGCUCGGCCCAAGCCCUAUUUGAGCGGGAGGAUUAUGAAAAAGGAUUGAGCAUGGAGAGGUUGGGUUGUUCUUAGACAGUGGCUCCGUCGGGGCUACAGCGGGGCAGAAAGACUGCCUCCCCGGGCUGUGACUUCCAUCCCGGCAUUUUAUCCAUCAGUGUUUCUAUAAUGUAUUACAACAAGACUCGCUCGAGCAUUUAACAGGGCUGGCAGGAGCUGCCGCUACCUGCGCACACUC